AUGUUUACUCGAUUCUUACCCAAUGGACAAAAAUGUAAUAGGAAAUGGCUUCUAUAUUCACCUAGUGAAGGAUCUGUAUAUUGUUUUGUUUGUAAAUUGUAUGGAAGCAAUCGAGAGAAUCCCUUUAUUUCUGGUGGUUUUGACAAAUGGAAAAAAUUUGAACGGAUUGGCGAACAUGAAAAUAGUCAUCAACACAGAAAUGCUACCAAUAAGUGGUUAUUAAGAUCUAAUACCAACAACUCUGUUAAUAAAGAUUUAUGUCGUCAAAUUUUUGCUGAAACGAAUUAUUGGUUUGAAGUAUUGAAGGGACUUGUAUCUGUCAUUACAUUUUUAUCGUCUAGAGGCCUUGCUUUUCGAGGAAAAGAAGAAAAGUUCAAUAGUCAACACAAUGGAAAUUAUUUGGGCCUAUUAGAACUUAUUUCAGAAUACGAUCCUUUCCUAAAGGCUCAUAUUGAACAGUAUGGAAAUCAAGGAAAAGGCAACCCAUCAUACCUUUCAAAAUCCAUUUAUUUGACAAAAGUUGAUCAAAUGGCCAUUAUUCUACGUUACUGCACAUUAACAGGUGUGGAAGAAAGACUUUUAGGAUUAUUUCCCAUUAAAGAUCAUCAAGGCCAAUCUAUGUACAAGGUAUUAGAUGACUUUCUUGAAAAAAGUGAAUUAGAUAUUAUGAACAUUAGGGGUCAAUCUUAUGACAACGCCUCAAACAUGAGUGGUCAAUUUAAAGGGCUUCAAGCUUAUGUCAAAAAUAAAAAUCCAUUAGCUGUGUUUAUACCUUGUACAGCUCAUUCGUUAAAUCUAGUUGGAGUAAAUAGUGUAAAUUGUUGUACUGAAGCUGUCAAUUUUUUUGAUUUUGUACAAAAAUUGUAUAACUUCUUUAGUGGGUCAACUCACAGGUGGAAUGUACUUAUUAACAUAUUGAAAAAAGAAGAAAAAAAUAGUGUCAAAGGAAAUUCUAGUCGACUUCUUACACUUAAAUCCUUAAGUGACACUAGGUGGUCAUGUCAUGCAGAAGCAUGUAAAGCAAUAGUUGUAAAUUAUGAACAAAUUUUGACUGCAUUAAAAAGUAUGUAUGAUGGCGAGGAAAAUAAUGUUACAACUAUAGAUGCUAAAUCGUUAUGGAAGAAAAUGGUAAAAAGAGAAACUGGAUAUAUGUCAUUACUUUGGAAUGACAUCAUGGAAAGAAGUAACAAAACGUCAACUGAAUUACAACAUUCAAACUGUGACACAAUGAAGGCGAUCAACUUAUUAAAAUCAUUGAAGUGUUAUGUGUUAAGUUUACGGGACUCAAAUUCAAUUUACGAAGAAAAAAUACCUAAUCUUAGUCCUGAAAUUACCAUUUACUACUCAGAUGAAAAGCAAAGAAAAAAAAUAAAAAAAUUUCCUGAUGGUAGCAUAAAUGAAGAAGUAUUAAAAGGAAAAAACAAAUUUCGUGUACAGACACAUAUAUUCAUUAUUGAUAAAUUUGUGUCAGAGUUAAACAAAAGAAUUUCCGCUUAUGAAUAUAUUGAUUUUACUUUACCGAACGAACUUGUACAAUUUAAAGAAUACUGGAGGCUUUGUCAACCUUCUUUUGAUCCAGCUGACAUUCCAAAAUUAUUUGCCUGGUUUGGUAAUCAAUCACUCGAAAAGAUGCUACGAACAUACGUUCGAAAAACAACUAAAGCUAGUUGGAAUACCGAAGAAUUAGUACAAGUCAUAAAUGUUGUUGCUAAUAAAGAGAUGAGUAUGCGUAAGGCUGCUAAAAAAUUCAAUAUAUCAUACAGUACUCUCCAAGAAAGAAUAAACCACAGUAACUAUCAACCACCAAGCAGGGGCGGAUCCAGGAAUUUUCUGUGGGGGGGGCGCACAUUUUGUAGACAUUUAUGUGGACCAAUUACAUUGGUCUUCCGAUUUUUCGUCAAACUUUCUAUGUAA